UUGGUGAUAAAAGCCUUAAUUAAUUUCUAAUAGUGCUUGAUAUGUAUUGCUCUUUUAUUUUAUGUAGUAAAUGUCUGCUUUUCUUCUACGGCUACUCUUUUACUUCUCUCUUCUUACGCUUACUGGAGUUUAGUGUUUCUUGAUUGUCUCCUUACAACAUUAUUCCCAGAAUCACCCGACAGAGGUUUGGUAAUAGAACUAUAGAAGCCUGAACAAAAUUUAGUGGUGCUUAAAAUUUCUUGCUCUCUGUUCUGUAGUAAAUUUUUCGUUUUCUUCUACGAUGUCUUUUUUGACAUUGAACUUUUUCUAUGCAUCACUGGAGUUAAGUGUUUCUUAGAUGUCUUCUCAUAAAAAUGAGACAUGUAGAGGGCGAUUGUGAGACUACAGUUGUGGAGUGUUAUGACUUAGGAGAGAAUACUAUCUCUUGUAGAUGUAGUGAGUAGUGAAUGACUUGGCUAUGCUUGAAAUUUGGUAUUUUGGACAUGGCUAUGUUGGAGGAUUGUUUUAUUGUAUUUGCUUAAGUGAACAGUUUCAUCAUGGAUUAUUAGCACUUACGUCGCGAGCUUGUGAGAUUGAUUGCAUUAUUUCAUGAGAUGUUAGAACUGACUCAAGUUCAAGGCUUUUGAAGUUUUUGAUGGGUUCGAUUUGCUGGUAUAUUAAGCUGGCAACACUAGGGGAGAAGCUUACAAUUUAUAUCAGAUUGUGGAUUAAGAAAAUGAAUGGACCAGCAAGGGCAUGGCCAAGCCCCGGGCGUAGGAACAGUGGGUGGUGCGGGCCAAGUUCCAUAUGGUGGGGCAUACCAACCAAAUCAAGUUACUGGGGCACCAGUAGUUACGUCUGUGGGUCCCCUCCAUGGUUCUGCACAGCCUUCUGGUGCACAGAUGGCUCAGCACCAGCUCGCUUACCAGCAGAUCCAUCAGCAGCAGCAGCAGCAGCUGCAACAGCAACUCCAGUCAUUCUGGCAGAGCCAGUACCAGGAUAUUGAGAAAGUAUCUGAUUUUAAGAACCACAGCCUUCCCCUGGCACGGAUCAAGAAGAUCAUGAAGGCUGACGAGGAUGUUCGGAUGAUCUCCGCUGAGGCUCCUGUUGUAUUUGCUCGGGCAUGUGAGAUGUUCAUACUUGAAUUAACCCUGCGAUCAUGGAACCACACUGAGGAAAACAAGCGACGGACCCUACAGAAAAAUGAUAUUGCAGCAGCAAUCACGAGGACCGACAUCUUUGACUUCUUGGUGGACAUUGUGCCAAGGGAAGAUUUGAAAGAUGAUGUGCUUGCCACUCUCCCAAGGGGUACAGGGAUGCCUGUUGCCGGGCCUGCAGAUGCACUCCCCUACUAUUAUAUGCCGCCAGGACAGAAUCCAGCCCAGGCGGGAGCUCCAAGUGUGAUGAUGGGAAAUCCUAAUCCAUAUGCGGCGCAGUCGCAGCCAUACAUGGGUCAGCCAAUGUGGCCUCAAGCACCGCCUCAGCGGCAGCAAUCUUCUUCUGAUGCUUAGCAUCCUUCAAGGCUUCAAUGUAAAGAUGGGAGUGAGGACGCAAAUGCUAGAGUUGCUGAAUGCGAGCUGGGGGAUAGAGCGAGAAUUUGAUAAUCUAUAAAAUCAGAGUAGCUUUAUCUUUGAUAGAACCUAUCUUUUGUUAACAUUGUGUAGUUUGCUAUAACCUCUGCUGUUUCUAUGAGGUACUUGAUUUAAUGGCUGUCAUUAAUAGCGCUGCUACUAGAGAUUAUUUGGUCGUCUUUACCGAAUUAGAAUGCAUAAGUAGGACAGGACAGUUUCUUCUGUUUUCAGUUUUGUAUUCUCUCUUUCUUGCUGUUGAAGCCUUUUGGAAGAGUUAAUGCAUGCGUUAUCCCUACAAACGUGUUAUUGCUGUUCAUGUAGAGAUUUCUUCUAUUUGUAUUCAUCUUUUGUGAAUGAUUGGUGUAAGGGUUGCCCUUUUAAAUGCAUGAAGCUUUCAU